UAAAAAGAAAUCAAAAAUAAGCCUAGAAAAAAAAAUAGAAAUAAUGCAAGUGAGAGCAAAAUUCAAUGACAUAGAAAAGAAAGUAGAUCUUAGACGUGCUGCCAAUUCCAAUCUUUCACAUUCACCAAGAAUUCUGAACUUGGUGCAGUCCCGGGGGAAGGGGUUAGUCUGGAUGGGUUUGCGUGAUGAGGGGAGGUGCCUGGGGUAGCCGAAGAAGCCCCAGGCCUGGAAUAAGUACUGCAGAUGGGAAACGCUAUUGGUGCAGGAAUUGUUAUGCCCUGGGUGGGUGGCAGCUAAGGAUCACAUCCAGAAUUGCUUCAGUGGGGUCAUCCGUACUGUCCAUCCCACCAAGAGGAUGGUGGGCAGGGCCUGCAGCGGGAUGCAGCUCCCACCUCCCUCGCUGUCACUGGGAAGCAUCCACUGGGAGUCCUGAGCGGAGCAUAUGAAAGAGUCAUUUGGACAAACCUAAAAAGUGGGUUUUCACGGUUCUCCUCUGGGCCUGCAGUUCUGGCCCCACCAUGUUAGGAGGCCUCAAAAGCAGAAAAGCACAGCUCCCCUUUGCAUCCGACUUUUUGCCUUUGCGAUUAUGAAGAACUUGCUGGUUGCCCCCCAAGCCACAGCCCACUGGGCAUUGUGGUGGGUGCCUUUAAUGAGAGUUUUGGAAAGAAGAAAAGGGUUACUCAUCACAGCCUUGCCUGAAAGACUGCCAGAAGCUUCUGAAAUGACGACGGAAAGCCCCAGGAAUCACAAGCAGGCUUUACAUCCCACUGUCUGGCGUGGGUCCCUUGGGGCUGGAUCCUGCUGGGCAGGCAUCGAGGAAGCUGAGGGAGAGGCCAUGGUUAGGACUCAAUUUGCCAUCAGUCUGGCCUCUUGUACAGCACAGAGGCAGCGUCAGGAGAGACUGAUGCAAGAAACACAUCAGUUUGAUGGUGCUGCCCAUCGUCUGCCUUCCAUAUGAACCCCAGUUCUUAGGCGAACUCCGCGCGGUGACGUCAUAUCCGCGCCUAGACGUCACUGACGCUUCCGGAGGGCGAAACAGGAGCCAAACGUAAACAUCCCCGGAGUUUCCCGGGCCCAGGGUCUGGCCUCUGCGGGGGAGCUCCGAGCUUUGGCAGAGUCUUGCAAGGAACGGGAUUCAGGAAGGCGCCAGAUGUGGUCAGUGUUGGAAAAGAUGCCAGCUCCAGCCACUACAUAUGAAAGAAUAGUUUACAAAAAUCCCUCUGAGCACCACUAUAUGAAAGUGUGUCUAGAAUUUCAAGACCAUGGGGUUGGACUGAAUGUUGCACAGUUCAAACAGCUGCUUAUUUCAGCCUUGAAGGACCUGUUUGGGGAGGUUGAUGCAGCCUUACCCUUGGACAUCCUGACCUACGAAGAGAAGACCUUGUCAGCCACCUUGAGGAUAUGUAGCAGUGGUCUUGUGAAAUUGUGGAGCUCUUUGACUCUGUUGGGAUCCUAUAAAGGCAAGAGAUGUGCUUUCAGAGUGAUUCAGGUUUCUCCAUUUCUUCUUGCCUUAUCUGGUAACAGUAGGGAACUAGUGUUGGAUUGAAUAGUCUUCAAUGUCAGAAACAUUCCUCCGCUCUCAAAAGGUACUUUUUGAUGCCAGAAUCACAUCUGAAGACUGAAGCAGUCGAAAAGCUCCGAUUGCUGGACUUUGACAGUGCUGAAGAUGUUCCCAGUAACUUGCAGCUAUCGUUGGUGGGGUGGGCUUCAGAGGAGAAUCUGCCUGAGCUGGCAAGUGCCGAGCAGGUGGCACAUUGAGCAGAUGCAUGUCCGAGUUGGAGACCAUGCUGAACUCAGCAGGGCCUUCACACAGAGGGACGUGGCUGCCUUCUCAGAAUUAACGGGGGAUGUCAAUCCUUUGCAUUUAAAUGAAGAGUUUGCAAAACACACCAAGUUUGGAAAGACAGUUGUACAUGGAGUUUUGAUCAAUGGGCUUAUUUCAGCUCUCCUGGGAACUAAAAUGCCAGGGCCAGGCUGUGUUUUACUUUCACAGGAAAUUAGCUUUCCAGCCCCUUUAUAUGUUGGAGAAGUUGUUUUAGCUUCCGCAGAAGUGCGAAAGCUAAAGCGGUUCAUUGCGGUUAUUGCAGUGUCGUGUUUUGUAAUAGAAAGUAAAAAGACUGUUAUGGAAGGCUUGGUUAAAGUUAUGGUCCCAGAAACUCCCAAAUCCUGAAACGUGUGUAAAGAUGCACAUUCAGGUGCUAGUGGUACUAUUCGUGAGGAGCCUCUGAGGAAAAUAGGUUUUGCUGCUCUUCACUGAAGGAUGGCUUAUAGACCCAGAAGCCUGAGUUGGGGAAGGGGAGCAGGGAGAGGGGUGUGCAAAAGUCCUCUAUCCAAUCCAGUUUUAUGCUUCACGCAGACUUGAGUAUAUUCAUCAUCUGUCUAGGUUUUUAAAAUUGAAAAAUCAUUGGGAAGGUUAUUUAGCUGAAGGUUCUACUUUUAGGAUUUCACAUCUAGUUAGAUAUACAUUUGGAUAACACAAACCUGCCUGUGUCUGUGGAGAGUAAAUUCCUCACUGAAUUUAUAACUAGCAUUUAAUUAUUGAGGACAACAACAGAAGUCAGGUCGUCUUUGAACACCUACCUUCUACCAGUCAGCAUUCUUAGAUCCUGUUGAGUAGUUUCCAGGUCAGAGUUUAUUGUAAUUUGUUCCCGUUUAUACCACGAUGGCACCUUGUUCCAUCGUCAGUGGCAUUUGUCUUCCAGAUGGUUUUCCUGUUAUUGGAGAACGGCUUAUGCACACACUUGGACUCAUUUAUGUAAACUCUGUCAAUCUCAUGUAUAAAACGAGGAUAAGGACACCUACCACACAGGAUUGUUGGAGAUGAUAGAUGCAAAUCUCUAAGUACCAGGUCUAGCCUGUAAAGUAGCCACUACUGUCAUCCAUUUUCCCCUGUCAGUGAGGUUAGAGAUUCUCCUCAGUUUAAAGCAAACUGGCCUACAUGUACUAAACAGAUGACAAGCUAAUUUUUCAGGAUGUCAAUCCGUCUAAACCUGGACUAGUUUGAAUGCAAAAUUUGUUUUGAUAAUCCAGAUUAUUUUCUCCCUCCCUUGAAAAUACUGUGGAUUCUCCCCUUUAUAAAUAAUACAUGCUUAUUGUAAACAUAUUGUAAGAAAUAAAAUGUAUAAGGAACA